AUGAAAGUCUAUAUUACCAUAAAGUUUGGUCAAGAUCUUAUUUUUGCCUCUCUUCUCUUCUUCUUGCUUCUCUAUCCUUCUCUUGGUGUUGAUGUUGUUGGUGCUGGUACUGGUGCUGGUGCUUUGAACUCUGCUCUCUUCCCUCCUGCUCCUCCUCCCCCCAACUAUUUUCGCAUUUUUGACCAUUUGGCAAGUCUUUUCUCUGACUCUCACUUCCUCCUGUCUAAUCCUCUCCUUCUAGCUCCCUUCCCUCCUCUUCCCUCAAGAAUUUUCGCAAUUUUCACUAUUUGUUCUCUUGCCUCUUCCUCCUGUAAUUUUCGCAUUUUUGCCUGUUUUGUAGUUAUUAGUUUACAUGUAUUGUAGCAGUUGAAAUAUAAUUUGGAAUUUUCGCUUU